UUUGGUAAUGCUUUUUCUACAUUUUGUAGCCAUCCAUUAUCAUCUUUCCGGACUCUCUGCACUCAGCUCAGGGAGAGAGAUGGCGAGUUCUAUUUCUUCAGUCUCUCAAGCGCCAUGUUUCAUCGCUAACAAUGGUAGUCAGAAAUCAUACACAUGGCUUCAUCAAUCAUCGCUGAGCUCGAACGGUAUCAUACUUUCUUCAAAGCAUCAUCAUCCUCCUCGUCCACUAUCUUCUUCCCCGGUUUCCGUCGUAGAAACUGAUGAAGACAAAGACGGCCUGAAUUUCAGUGGUUGCAGCGGCGACGGGCGGAUUCAAGGAGGCAUUGCUACUGUCCCUGGCUUCGGUUGGUGGCCCAUUAAGGCUUACCGGCCUUGUCCGGGGUUUGUGGAAGCCGGAGGUAGAUACCGCCGCAUAGGGCAGAGCAUGGACGAGGUUGCCUUUGGUCGUGGUGACUCGGAAUCCACCACUUGAUUUGUACUUAAGGUAGUUUUAUACAAUAAAGAUAUGUAAUAUUCCUAAAAUAUAAUCAUAAAGAUAAAGACUGGCCAGUAACCAAACCAAUCUCUUACGUCAAUAAGAUUAUUGCAUUUGAACA